AUGAGCCAUAGGCCGUCUUCCGAAAAAUCAGUUUCCCAUGGACAGAAGAUGAGGACUGGAGAAAGAAGUUCAAAAUCUAAUAGGGUUGAACAGCAACGAACAAGCUAUAGUAGAAAUGUCAACGAAAAUAUCCAAGAAGAAUAUUUUACUGAUAACGAGCCACAAGAAAUAGAAAUACCAGAACCAAGAUACGAUCCGAAAGAACUCCGCGAUGCUAUUCGGAUACUCAGUCCGUUUGUAAGACUGAUGGAAGACGCCAAUAAUCCGUACGCCAGAAUAGUAGCCCGAGAAGUAUGUAAGACGUUUUAUCGCUUAUAUCAUCCAGAUAUACAUCCUAAAGACGUAAUGAAAACAGUCAACUGGAAGCGCAAAGCUGAAAGAACCAAACAACUCUGGAACGAAUGUAGGUUUUAUAUUCACGGAGGGAAAAUUAAAAAAUGGGUAUCCUUGCGCGAAUCUAAUUUCAUCGAUUUCAACGAUUUAAAUCAGGCGCUAAUUGAAAAAGAAGACUGCGGUCCAUUAGAUUCGUGUGAACAUCAACCGGCCGGCCAUGAUCCGAUAUUUUGUGAGCACGAGUCAAAAUCAAUAACACAACAAAAACAUAUUUCUCCAGCAGUCACGCGUAUAAGUACCGAAAAAAAAAAGAAUUACGCUUCCGAAUUUAAUACACAACAAAUAUGCGAGAAAAUAUCUGAUAGUAAACGUCAGUUAGAAAAACUCGUCGAAGCCACAAGUAAAAAGUAUUCUUCCAUGCCUAUGAAUAAUAUUGAGGAAAGCGAUAAAAUAUCGAAUCGCACGCCAGAACACGUUUGUAUAAUCCGCCAAACCGCAGGAAACGACACAAUCUUGCCGCAUUGCGAGUCCGGACGUAAUACCGAAUCACCAUAUGACUAUAGAGAUAAUUUGUUGCAAAACGAAUAUUAUCGAAAAACUGCGGACUCACUACGAACGCCACGACGAAAACAAAAUGAUUUGAAGUCUCUGCCGAAAACGCCGGUCGAACCAGAACUGAGAAUAAACGCUCGGGACAACAACGAAUGCCGUGAAAAUUGUGUCAAAGAUUUGGAUUCUGCCCGCAAGAGCACAAAAAGCACUAUGGACAUUACCCAGGUAACGAGCGACGCGACUCUAAUAGCUGAAUCGUUUGCUAACUUAUCGUUAGCUAAAACUGAACUGCGAAAGAAAAAAGCGGCUUUUCGAAAGUUAACCGAAAAAUAUUUAAAAUUUUCAUCGAACCCUUUAGAAGUAACUCCCCCGGCAUAUUCAGACACUCCAAAUACCCGAAUGAUGAUGAAAGAAAUCUAUAAAAAUGCGCCAAAACUUAAGAUUAAGUUUGAUGACGACGAAUUCAACGAUAAUUGUUUCAAGGACAGGGAUUUCAUUCGGAUACUACCGUUUUAUGAAAUUGUCCAUAACGAAUUAGAAUAUAUUUCAAAAACACAGAGAGAAUAUGGCGUCAACAUGUUGGACGAUAUUAUGUCCACAUUUUAUCAUAUACACUAUGAUCUCGGUGAUCCGAGACUAAAAAGCUAUUUGGUUUUGGAGCACGUCAAACUAAUUACUCAUAACACUUGGGAAUUGUAUUUCUACAAGGGAAACAAGAAAAUACCCCCGAUACCGGAACCACCUCAAUUCCGUUCUCCGCCAAGUCCAACGGAAAUGCCACAACAACAUGAUAUAAGACCGCCCAUUUAUGAACAACCUGUUGAAAAAACUUCCCCAGUCCCAGAGUCUUCCCAGCCGACUACGAAUUCACCGAAAGUUCACAGAAAAAGACACGGAAUGUCGAGUUGCUGCAGUAGGCAAGAUGAGGUUCCUCAAGACUUUCCUAUUAAACGUAAUAAAUAAAAAAAAACUCUGUGUAUUAUUUAUUCAUUAGCCCUUUCGAUAAUUUCUUAACACUAAAUCGUAUUGCAGGUAAAUUUCUACGCAGAAGUCAAACGAGCCUAAACUUUGGAGUCAGCCCCAAGACAUGGUCUCCAAAUUUGAAACCGAUAGAACGACCAAGAGACCUAAAGGAAUUUAAAGCAAAACCCUUGCCGAAAUUUAUUCGCGAUAGAUUGAACGAGUGA